AUGGCAAAGAGUGCGCUAAAAGCCCUACAUCAUCCACAUGAAAACCCGCCAGUGGACAGGAAAGAUCCAAAUAAGGAGCAUACAUCACCCUCAAAGACCUCAAUAAGCCCGAUGAUACCUGGUGUAUUGACCGACUCUGUCCCACCUACGGGGAUGGCUCACACAGAGAUGAAUGAUAAAAUCAGCUGUAAGACAGUUGGCUGUGCUAAGAGAGGUGAGCUCAGCCAAACAACGACUGAAACGGCUGUGAUUGUUCAUACAGCUGCAGAGAAAAUGUUUAAAAUGCAGACUGCGUACAUGAGGAGAGAUCAUUUUAGUGCGUCUAAGAGUCCUGGCAGAAGACUGGAAAAUCCUAAAUGCAGCACUAACUGCCCUGCACUUGGAGAGGCUACACCAGAGGCUGACAUGCCAUCAGCCUCCACUUCUACUGAUGAGACUCAGACGUACACCGUCAACAGUACGAGCGAUGAAACUUCAGCGAAGACAUGGGGAGUAACUGUUGACAGUGAUCAUUCGGAGGGACAAGGGAUACUUCAGCAGGCUGAGUUUGCAGAGAAAACAACACAAAGACACUCUCACAGAGAGACCUUUGAAACAGCAGAGGUCACUUUAUCUGGGCCUGAAGCAACCGUUGUGAAAGCUAUUGAGCAGAUACUACCCAGUGGAAACAAUACAAAAAGACAAUCAAAUAAAGGAGCCGGAGCCGAGGUAUCUGAGACACAAACAGCCAUCAGGUUAACUCAUUCCUUGUCUAAAGGAGAGAUGGCAUUCACAGAGUCUGAGCACAAGAUGUUUCUCCCUCAGCGAGCAUCGGAAUCAGAGGGACGAAGGCGUAAACAGGAGAGGAGUUCACAUCGUGUCUAUCUCUCUGGGUAA